CUUUCUCUCUUUCUCUCUUUUUCUUUUAAAAAUGCUAAAGCUAUCAGCAGCAUUUUUUCUAUGUCACAUCAUUUUAUCAUGCUUCCUAGUGAAUCAAAUCGAUUCUUUGUCUUUUUUUGACCAAAGGCCUUUUAGUAUCAACAGUAGAAAGAGUCGCAAACUGAUUCGAAAAGAGCACGGAGGCUUACCAGAGGCAGAUAAACUGACAGUGGAAGAAAAACAAUCAUAUAUUAAAGAUGCAUUUAUCUUUUCCUGGGAUGGAUAUAGAAACCAUAGCUGGGGAUUUGAUGAAAACAGACCUGUCUCUAAUGAUCCAAGAAAUACAAGGAACGGCUGGGGAGCGACCAUCGUUGAUAGCUUGGAUACAUUGUAUAUCAUGGGACUGAGGAAGGAGUUUGAUGAGGCAAAGGAGUUUGUUCGCAACAUUAAUUGGACCUUGGCCGAGGAACCGGUACAACUGUUUGAAACUGUCAUACGAUAUGUUGGCGGACUACUAUCAGCUUAUGAUUUAUCAAACGAUCUUGUCUUUGUCGAAAAGGCUGUCGAACUAACAGAGCUCUUGAUUCCCGCAUUUGACUCACCUACAGGAGUUCCUUACCAAUACAUGGACUUUAAGACAGGAAAGCCUUUACGAUCACCAAUCGCUUGUUUAGCAGAAGUUGGCACGAUUCAAAUAGAGUUUACAAGAUUAUCAGAGAUCACAGGAAAUUGGAAGUAUCAUCGUAUCGGCCAAAGAGUGUAUGACGCUUUUCUUAAAAUGAAUGAUACGCGCGGCCUUUAUCCCCACCUGAUCAAUGUGAAUACUGGUAAACCCGCUUCAGACCGCUACACUUGGGGUGGUAUGGGCGAUAGCUUUUAUGAGUACUUGAUCAAACAACUUGUAGUAGUAAAAGGCAAAGAUCAAACAAAAUUCAAAUUAGUCAAAGAAAUCAUCGAUGGGCUAGAAGCUCGACUACUUGUUGACUCAGCUGUAGACCCAAGUUUAUCGUUUCUAGUUGAAAUCAAUGACGGUCAACCCAGCUAUCGCAUGGAUGAGUUGGCAUGCUUUGCUCCUGCCGCAUUGAUUUUAGCCGCACGUCAUUUCCCUGACGAUUUUGGGCAUAUCGAGAGUGCUGCCAACCGUCUAUUAAAUGGGUGCUAUAGUGCAUGGGAUUCCACUAUGACAGGAUUGGCCCCGGAAGUAUUCACUUGGGAUAUGAAACCUCGAUUCUUUUAUGAACAUAAGCCUUCCGUUGUACCUGUCGUUAAAUCUUACAUAUUACGACCAGAGACGUUGGAGUCGUUGUAUUACUUUUAUGUGUACACUAAAAAUCCCGUGUAUCAAGAUAUGGCAUGGGAUAUAUUCAACUCUUUAUAUACUUACUGUAGAGCAAACUCUGGGUACACUGGUUUAUACAAUGUAGACGACAUUGAAUACCCAUGGGAUGAUCGUGAAGAAAGUUUCUUCUUUGCAGAGACGUUAAAGUAUCUAUAUCUCAUCUUUGAGGAUCCUCAUCACCCACGAUUUCCUUUUGAUCAAUGGGUCUUUAAUACAGAAGCUCAUCCAUUAAAAAUUAAAAAUUAAAGAGUGCGUUUACACUUUAUUCAUUAUCGGAAGGC